AUGUUGAACAAAAAUUUGCAGGUACUGAUUCUUUCCGGGAACAAGAUAGCGCAAUGGCCUGGUGCGAUAUUAUCAUCCCUACCCAGUCUUUCUUUUUUGAAGCUUGAUAAUAAUCCCCUGUCGAAGAUUCCUCUCAAUGGCCUUGAAGCCCUCACUAAGCUUGAAUCACUUGACCUUAGUGGCAAUGCCUCUUCACUUCUGGAUUCUUCUGCAUUUUCUUUGUUCCCGCAGUUGAAGGAACUUCACCUGAGAAGAAUGAAGUUAUCUCAUAUUCCAUCGGGUAUUUUGAGCUUACAGCAGCUUAGGGUUCUUGACUUAAGCCAGAAUUUACUUGUCUUGCUACCAGAGGAAGUAAGGAAUCUAACAUCACUUCAAGAGCUUGACUUGUCGAACAACAACAUUGCUGCGCUUCCUUCUGAAUUGGGCUUGCUAGAGUCUCACCUCCAGGUUCUGAAACUUGAUGGCAACCCCUUGAGAAGGUAA